GGAACGUACGUGAUGGACAACGGAGAGUUGAAGUCGACUGCGAUAAAGGACUGGUGCGCAUCGCAUGGAAUGGUUCACCAAUUCACGGCACCAUACUCUUCCGCUCAAAACGGAAGAUGCGAACGUCGCCACCUCACGAUAUUCAAUAAAGGCCGAACUAUG